UAUAAUACAACAAGCGGAAGGCUUUGUAGGCGUAAAGAUAGCAGAGCCAACUUCAUCGUUGAACGGCCCAUAGCCGUAAGCAGUUUCUUUGCAUAACUCGAAGAUGGCCCGCAUUAGUUGGGUUUGUUUACGUGAAGUGUUCAGUUCAGUUUUAACUUUUCGCGACAUUUAAUUAAAAUUCAAAAAAUUUACUUUGAAGUAAUUUGGAAUUCAGUUCAACUAAAUUGACUACUCAGAGCCUCUCGAUUUAUUUAUACUAAUGCAUAAGCUUGAGCGAUGGAUUACCAGUUUGUGUUUGUGGUGCAAAUUUUAAUUUCGUUCGUUUUCAAUUUAGUUAAUCCGGUUAAUGGAAUUGUGGGUAGAGAAUUACUGUUAACUCCAAAACAAGAUUUAGAAGUGAAUGGAAAAAGUAUUUAUUAUGAGGAAGAUACCGACGCAAUACGUCGAAACCAAACUACUCGACCAUGGGAGCGAACCUUGAAGCAUGUAACAUUCGUUACACUCUUCACAAACACUGCAACUAAUGAUUUAGUCAGAAAUUCAAGUAAAUUAAAAGAAUAUGCUGAAUUUUUACGAUCUCCUUACAUAACCCAAAAAUCUGAUAAUGAUUACAGAUUUGGGGAUAUCGUUACAUUAGCCAGUGGACGACUAGAAGAAAUAGAGAAUGGUACAUUUAGAUUUGUAGAAGGAGUUUGUGAUUACGAUUGUAAUUCAGAAAAAUUUUUUGCAUUAUGGCAAGUACAAAAGAUACGUCAUCGGGACACAAGUAGAAAUUUUCGUUAUGAAAUAAAAUUUAGUGUUAGUCCCAUGCGAAAUACAAAAUUAAGUUCUUCGAGAAGAAAGGAUGACGAUCAAAAUUUACAUAAUAAUAAUUUGAAAUCAUUUAUACAAAAAGAAGAUGAUUAUCCACAAAACUUUGGCAGAAUUAUUUACCCAGAAGAAACAUCAUUCACUGAACGCAGUUUUGACGAAAACACAAACAGGAACUUUCGCCAAGUGACAUUACACGAUUACCGUACUGUGAAUCAGUUGCCACAAUCUACUUUUCUACAUAGUAUUUAUCAACCAUACCCAAAACCGUUGUCAUACUUUGACCGACUUAACAUUGGGGAGUUUAUCAAAACCUCUCCUAGUAAAGGAGCCACGAAAGUAGAGUUAUAUCCAAAUGUUAUGAACAUUCCAACUAAUGAACGAAGCAACUAUCUAAUACCAACAACAUUUAGGCCUAAUUAUCAAUUAAAAUUGCCUAAGCCAGAAUAUUAUAAAACACCACAGGAAAUAAGCGAGUCAAAAGUGACCCAAUCACUAAUAACACAUCACUAUCAUCAUCAUUUUUAUAUGCCUGGUAGUUUAGCUGAAGAAAAUAAUGCAAACAGCGUACGGAAUUCUGCAAAUUUUUUUAAGAAUGAAAUCGAUAAUACUGUUCCUCAGUACCUACACAAUUUGUAUGAAGUCCUAACGCAAAAUCCAAAACAAACAGAACCAACACAAAUUAUUCCAGUACAAGCACAGCAACUAGCACAUGUAACACGAGUGCCAACAAAACAAAACUCGCAAAUUUUACAAAUGGUUCCAAUUAAUAUUGGCGCUAAAGUUCCAUUGUUAAUAUAUCCCGUUACGUUGGGUGAAGACCACACUACACAAGGUGAUAAACCAUUUAAACAAAGUGAACCUUUAGAUAAAAUAACUAAUCGUUACUCUGAACCAGAUCCUUUAUAUAUAAAUUUAAAUGAACAUGAUAAAGAAUUACAAUAUUAUGAACUCAAUGCAUCGCAAUUAGAACCACCGAGUACUACUGGUUACCUGGAUAUAUCCGGAGAUCAAGAACAACUUAAUACUGAUUUACAAAUUAAAAACAAGAAAGCUAAUAUAAAACCAUUUCGGAAAAUUCUAGACGCAGAAGUUUCGAAUGCUCCACAUGUAGAAGAGAGCAAAAAGAAUGUCAAACCUAUAGUUAAUAAAGAGCUGGAAGAAUCUACAAAAAUGUCAGAACGCAGAUCAAGUCAAACAAAGGAAUUAGCAGCUAAUAAAGGUCUAGAAACAAAGUACAAUACGAACACAACUGAACAUACAAACGAGCUUAUCGAGAUUACGAGUGCAAUAAUUGAAAAGUCUGAUUCAAAAUAUAAACAAGAUCAGAAGUUGAUAUCUUCAUCGACCACUGAAACACCAUUGCGCACAAUAAGUCAUAAACCCUUUUUACAUAUUACAACUACAGAAAAAUCGAUGGGGAAAUGGAAACCCAAGAGGAGAAGCAACUUCAGUAGUAAAUACACACCAAAAUUACAAAGUGAUAACAUAUCCGAAAAUUCUGAACUUAAAAACCAGAUUAAAGUAUCUAUUGAAAAACCACUUGCAAACAUUUCCUUGCCUAAAGCUGAUCUUCAAAAUGGUAAAGAAAUAUUUGAAGUACUAACACAGAAAUCAGUCAGCAAGUCAGUUAGCAUCAAGGUUGGAAAUAACGGAGAGGAAAUUCCUGUUAUAGUUGAUGAUAACGAAAAUGAAGUGAAAAAGAACUGAACAUUCUGACGGCUUUAAUAUUUGUACUUUAUUUAUAAUAUUAUAGUCAUAAUAUUUCAAACCAAAAACUGUUAUUGAAUUGAAUUUAUAUAUAUUUUAUUUAUGACGCAAGUCAAUUGUUGUCGUGUCGAUAUCAAUAUAUUAUCAAAGUAGGAGUUCCCCAAGUCUAAAAUCCAACAAAUAUUUAUGGCAUGCUUUUUUUUCUUGGAUUACAGCUUAAAUAUAUUUUUAGUAAUGUAACAAUCAAAAAUCAUAAUGAUCUUGUAGGUAAUAUUUAAGUUUUAACUAUAAUCAAAAAAAAAGCAAUAUC